GAAGCGCGUCUUGAUCGCUGCGCACGCGCUAUAGAUUAUUCCUCACCUUUUCCUUGAACAUCAGAUUUCUGUUUAACUUACUUCCCUUUUUAAUGUCUUUUUACCGACAUUUCUGCGUUAAAUGACGGGGUACCAUUCAUAUCUGGUUGUAAUAGCAAUCGCUUCCACGCUCGUUUGCCUGCUGUGUUGUCAAAAUGUGAGCUCGGAUACGACUCGGACUAAGUUGAAUGGCUCUGCAGUUGAUUUCGACUCGUUCAGACAACAGUUUCACCGCAUGUAUGAAGUCAACAGAGACGAAUUUAACCGUCGUCAUCUGUAUUUUCAGAAUGCUAUAAAGCGCCAUGCAUACCUGAACUCAUUCUCCACAGUACCACAGUAUGCGAAGUACGGUGUCAACCAGUUCUCUGACCUCUCACAGAAGGAGUUCAGAGAUCUCUACCUGCGAGCAAAUGCUGACAGAGCUCCUCUCUUCUCUGGACUGAAGACAGCGGGGCUCCCAGACAAAUUUGACUGGAGGGACAAAGCAGUGGUAGCACCAGUCCAGAACCAACAAGCAUGCGGAAGUUGUUGGGCAUUUAGUGUGGUUGGUGCCAUGCAGUCCGUCCAUGCUAUUGGUGGCUCACAGCUUAAACAACUCAGUGUGCAGCAGGUUCUGGACUGCUCCUUCCGUAACGAAGGCUGCAAUGGAGGCUCCCCAAUCAGGGCUCUGAAUUGGUUGAAGCAGUCCAGAGUGAAAUUGGUACCUCAGUCAGAGUAUCCAUACAAGGCCAAGACAGGAAUCUGCCAUUUUUUCUCUCAGUCACAAGAUGGUGUUGCGGUAAAGAACUUUACUGCACAUGACUUCAGUGGUCAAGAGGAGGCCAUGAUGGGUCAGCUGGUGGAGCAUGGUCCCUUGGCUGCUAUUGUGGAUGCUGUCAGCUGGCAGGAUUACCUGGGUGGAAUCAUCCAGCACCACUGCUCCAGCCAAUGGUCUAACCAUGCUGUCCUGGUUGUUGGAUACAACGCUGCUGGGGAUAUUCCAUACUGGAUUGUGCAGAACUCCUGGGGAACCACAUGGGGGAAUGAGGGUUAUGUUUAUAUAAAAAUCGGUGGCAACAUUUGUGGUAUUGCAGAUUCGGUGGCAGCAGUUUUUCUAUGACGGGAUUGCAUGUAUUUUUAUCUCUGUCGUGUGUGUGUGUGUGUGUUCACUGCUGUAAAAUGUAAAUAAUUUGUUUGCUUUUUAGUGUCACUUUCAAAAAUGUUUUUUUUUUUUUUAUUGAAAAGCCACAAUGUUUCAUCACUAAAACAAAAUAAAUCACUUCAUAUGCUGAUAAAUCA